UGCAUAUCCCUUGGAGCGGAGAGAUCUCCGAGUUGACAUAUAUAUUAUUAGAUAUCUUUCUUCCUUGUUGAUCUUCAGAGAAGGCAUGGCUCUCACUGGGAAACUGGAGAUUGAGAAUGAGAUUCAGACGCCUGCUUCAAAGUUCUUCCACCUUUUCACCAAGCAACUUCACCAUGUUCAGAACAUCACUGAUCAUAUCCACGUAGGCGAGCUUCAUGAAGGAGAAGACUGGCAUAACAUUGGAUCUGUUAAGCAAUGGUCUUAUACCGUUGAUGGUAAGGUGGUAAAAUGCAAGGAGAGAAUUGAAGUAUAUGAUGAAGUGAACAACAUAAUCAAAUUCGACCUGUUUGAAGGAGAUCUUAUGGAGCAGUACAAGAGUUUCAAGAUAACUCUCCAAAUCUCCGACAAGGGUGCCGGUGGUGGGGCCGUCGUCAAGUGGAUUAUUGACUAUGAGAAGCUCAAUGAGGGAAUCCCAGAUCCAUCAGGCUACUUGGACUAUGUCACUAACGUCACAAAAGAUGCCGAUGCUCAUCUUCUCACUGCAUAAUUCAACCAAAUUAAUCUAUAAAUCAUAUAUCAAGUCAAAUAUAUAUAUGUAAUAUUAAUUCCAUCAAGUAAGCUAAGUGUGGCCACAACAGAAUAACUGGCUAGUGCGGUUGUGUCGCUUAUGCUGAUUAAUUAAUGUGGCACUAUUAUAUAAUCAUGUGUAUCAGAAGUACUGUGAAUGCUUGUAUAAUGUAUUUAGUGGUUGCUUUGGUUUGUCAAAAAAGAGAAUAAAGUGUCUAUUUGAUCAAGAUUUA